CCGCACUUUCCUUUAGGCCAACACAAGUAGGGACAUAUAGGACGCUCAUUUAUUGCAGUUUGGAGUCUCUCCCAACUUUGCUUUUCAAUUUCUUAUCUUAUACACCUCAAAAAUAGGACAAACAAACAGAUACAAUUACAAAGAUAGCUGCUUUAUUAUAAUCUCACUAUUUUCUCUGUUCUUUCCCAUUUCUCAAUCAAAUUAUCAAAUCCACCAAAUUUCCCCUCUCCUUGCUCCCCCGAUCCAACACCCAGAUCUAAUUUAUCUCCCUUCACCUUUUCCCAUCUUCAAUUUUACAUCUGCAACCUCCCAAACCAGCUCAUAUCUUUGAUCAAUUCUGAAACCCUAAUUCUCUGGUAAACCCAGAAUUUCAAAAACGAGUCCUACCCAAUUCAAAUCAAAUCAUACCCAUUUCAAUUCACGCAUCAGUAAGUUUGAAUACAUAGAAAUUCAGAAUACCUAUUUCCCAUUUAGUUGAUGGGCACAGUUAGGCAUAAUAGUGCCUUAGAAAUCUCAAAACCCACAUCAACAACCUCGACCUCCACUUCGCGUACGGAGACGAUUAAUGGAUCCCAUGAGUUUAGGAUUGGUGGGUACUCUUUAUCUAAGGGUAUGGGAGUUGGCAAGUACAUAGCUUCUGAUACAUUUUUUGUUGGUGGCUAUGCCUGGGCAAUCUAUUUUUACCCUGAUGGUAAAAGCCCUGAGGAUAACGCUGCUUAUGUAUCGUUAUUUAUUGCUCUCGCGAGUGAGGGUACUGAUGUUAAGGCGUUGUUUGAGCUCUCGUUGAUUGAUCAAAGCGGUAAAGAGAAUCAUAAGGUUCAUACCCAUUUCGGUAGAGCUCUUGAGAGUGGGCCUUACACGCUUAGAUAUCGGGGGAGUAUGUGGGGUUAUAAACGAUUUUUUAAAAGAACUCAACUGGAGACAUCUGACUACCUCAAAGAUGAUUCCCUGUUAAUUCGUUGCUGUGUUGGUGUUGUUAAGUCUCGGACAGAGGGUCCUAAGACAUAUAACAUUGCAUUACCGCCAUCUGAUAUUGGUCAACAUUUUGGAAAGCUUUUAGAGAGUGGAAAGGGAAGUGAUGUACAUAUUGAAGUUGAUGGUGAAAUUUUUGCUGCUCACAAACUUGUUCUUGCAACGCGCUCACCUGUGUUUAGAGCACAACUUUUUGGUCCCAUGAAAGAUCAGAACACUCGGUGCAUAAAAGUUGAGGACAUGGAAGCGCCGAUUUUUAAGGCAUUCCUUCAUUUCAUUUACUGGGAUGCCCUAUCAGACAUGGAAGAGCUUGUUGGCAUGAAUUCUAAGUGUUCGUCUACAAUGAUGGCACAGCAUCUGCUUGCAGCAGCAGAUCGCUACGCUCUGGAGAGGCUUAGAAUGCUGUGCGAGGCUAAACUCUGUGAAGAUAUUGCCAUUAACACCGUUGCAACAACACUUGCCUUGGCAGAGCAGCAUCAGUGUCUCCAACUGAAAGCUGUCUGUCUUAAAUUUAUUGCACUGCCUGAAAAUUUGAAAGCUGUGAUGCAAACAGAUGGAUUUGAAUACCUAAAGGAAAGUUGCCCUCCUGUAAUCACAGAGCUUCUGCAAUAUGUGGCAAGAAUGAGUGAGCAUUCUGUGAUGGCUUCUGGACAUGGGAAUGAAAUCUUAGACGGUGAUUUGAAUGGAAGAAGAGUAAAGCAACGGAUUCAUUGACAUAGAACCGACAAAUAGCUCGGUUUUUGGACAAAAAACAGAGCACUGUUAGCCUUAGACAUUUUUGAGGUUGUACUAACAUUUCAUUAUUCAUGGUAGAUAUUUAAUGGCAGUCUUUGUGUCCUCUUGUUUUCAUUAACUGGAACCAGAAGCAGGUACUCUCAAGUAAUACCCUUUUUAUCUGUUCGGCAGCAGUCGAUGUGAAUAUCCAGGUGUAAUUUCUACUCGUAUGUUACCAUGAAAGCAGCUUGUUGUGUAUGCAAAAUUUCCCAAUAUUAUAAUUCAUCGUUAUUGCCA